CUAAACACAAUAAAGAAGUCCAAAAAUCUAUCUGAAACAAGAUAGAUAGAAUUAAUAUCUACCACAAGAAAUGGAGUUUUGGAAAAUUCAGUACAUAUCAAUUGUGUUGCUUAGUUCUGUUUUAGUACUAAUUAUUUUUUGUGUGAGUGCUCAGAUUUCACUUCCAUCCAAGCAAGAUGGGUUCUGGUACGACAACAGAAUCGACAAAACAAUAUUAAUAGAAGCUUUCUUCGAUCCAGUAUGUCCUGACAGUAGAGAUGCAUGGCCCCCACUUAAGAAAGCUCUCAAUCACUACGGUUCUCGUGUUUCUCUUGUGCUUCAUCCGUUCCCUUUACCUUACCAUGACAAUUCAUUUAUUUCCUCGCGCGCGUUGCACAUUGUCAAUAAGUUGAAUGCUUCUGCCACAUACAGAUUACUGGAGUCUUUCUUUGAUCAACAGGAUAAGUUUUAUAACGAAGCAACUGUCGACUUGUCCAAAGCAUCUGUUGUAGAUAAAGUUGCGAGAUUUACAUCCAAUGCAAUUGGGAAUUCGAAUUACGCUGCUGUAAGGGCAGGGUUUACUGACCCCCAAACUGAUCAAGCAACACGAAUUUCCUUCAAGUAUGGUUGCGUGAAAGGCGCAUACGGAACGCCUUUUUUCUUCAUAAACGGGUUUCCUCUGCCUGAUGCUGGAUCACCACUGGACUACAAAACAUGGAGAAAUAUCCUUGACCCAGAGGCGAAUUCAGGAUUUAAAGAGCAUGGGUUCACCCUUAGAGCCUAUGGGGUUUUUUGA